AUGGACGCGAAUAAGCAAAUGGGUUCUCCUUCAUCUUCCUCAUUCACUUCUGAUCUUUUCAGUUCCAAGGAGUCCUCUGCUUCAUCAUCUUUUGGAAUUUUUGGGUCUAUCUUUGAGCCUUCUUCCAAGAUUUUAGAAUUGCAACUAGCACUUCCUUAUGGCCUAAAUUCAACUAUUUACCUGAAGUUUGAACGGCUAAUUAUAUUUUUGAGCAAGGUAGGGACAGCUGUCGUUACAAGGGACGAUGAAAGAUUGGCAGUGGGCAGAGUUGGUGGUAUUUUUGAGCAGCUUGAAGAACUGAAUUCACAAGGCUUUGAUAUAAUUUUAGUGAGUUCAGGUGCUGUUAAAGCUGGCCGCCAAAGGCUUAAACAUAGGAGAUUAAUCAACAGCAGUUUUGCUGAUCUCCAAAAACCACAAGUUGAACUUGCUGGAAAGGCUUGUGCAGCUGUUGGACAUAAUAGUCUCAUGGCACUUUACAGCACGUUGUUCAGCCAGUGAACAUAUAUUGCCAGAACAAAACAGGCAUGACAAAAUGUCAAGACACUGGAAAUGCUUCAAAAGAUCCAGUAGCUAUUUUUUAUUCCAGUGCAUGUAAGGCUGACCAAGAAUUUUGUACCAUCAUCAAAGGGAGACUUCAACUAUUGUUUUGUUUUUGAGGAUUUGUUGUCUGUUAAAUGUGCAAUGGCUUACAUACAAUACAACCUUUUUUGGAAAUCUGUAUGUUGUUGGUGGUUUUUGUGUUGGUGCGAUAUUUGUAAAUGUUUUUGUGUGAUUGAAGGCAACCCACUUUUGUCCUUCCCUAUUUUGUAGGCUGAUUUAACUAACUAUAGCUAAAGUAUCCUCUAUAUUCUUGA